AUGGCGAUGGCCAUUGCCACCGCCAUUGCCAUUGCCACCGCUAUCGGCAUCACAGUCGCCAUCACUGCCAUUCCCAUUCCCCAGGGCGGACAGAAGGAGAGCAGCGAGUCAUGCUCGUCAGACUCGGGCUCGGCUGGCAGGGAGCCCGUCCGCAAGCGCCAGCGGCGCAGCCUCCCCUCAUCCUCCCCAUCCGCCGCCUCGUCGGCUGCCUCGUCGGCUGCUGCCUCCAGCAUGGCCUCGGCAAGCUCGAGCGGCGGCGAGGACUACGAGUACGAAGGCGAGUACGAGGGCGAGUACGAGGGCGCGUCCGAGGGAGCGUCCGAAGGCGAGGAGGUGCCGGACGACGACGUGGUGGACGAUGACGAUGGCGCCGAGCCCGAGGACAGCCUGGUGGCCGGCGGCAAGGCUGUGUUUGACUCGGCCUUUGAGGGCGACGAGCUGGCGGUGAGCGCGCUGAACAAGAACCUGGCCAAGGCCAAGGCCAAGUUCCUGGCCAAGCACGGGGCGGGCGAUGGGAGCGAGAGUGGCGAGGGUGAGGGCGAUGGCCGCGAAGAGCUGAUGCUGGCCGGCUCGGACGAUGACGACGACGGCGCUGGGAGCGAGGGCGAGGAUGAGCCCAACGCCUUUGGCCGCGCCUUUGCCAAGGUCAUGGGCACUUCUCUGGGCGCUGCUGCCAAGAAGCCUAUUUUGGCCAAGAACAAGUCGCUGGUGACCAAGAUCAACGCCGAGAUCAAGGCCUCGCGGGCCAAGAAAAAGUCUGAGGCGCUUGCCCGCGCCAUGCGCAAGGAGCGCGGACACAACCCGCAGCCGCCGAUCUCCACCAAGUUUGAGCUCUCCAUGGCCAAGUUUGCCACCAUGGGCGUGGUCCAGCUCUUCAACGCCGUCAGCACCCACCAGCGCUCGCUCAACGAGGCGCUCGAGGGCAAGAUCAUCACCGCCCCGCGGGUCGACAACAUCUCCAAGGACUCGUUCCUCGACCUGCUUCAGAAGACCCAGGCCAUGCAGGCCAAGCAGGCCGACUCCCUCCGUCGCUCGGCCGCCGGCGCCCGCCACGGCCAGGCCGACGCCGACGCUGCCCCGGCCGCGGGCUACCUCCGCGACUCGUUCGCCUCGGCCGGCUCAAAGACCCUCAAGGACUGGGACAAGGCCGGCUCAGACUCGGACGACGAGGCCAGCGGCGAAGACGCCGAUCCGGCUGCCACAAAGGCUGCUGCCAAGGCUGCCAAGAAGAAGGCCCGCCGCCGCCGCAAGAAGCUAGCCUACGCUGCCCAGCGCGGGUAGACGAGGUCGUCUCGGAUAAACCAUA